AUUAUACUUUUAUUAAUUUUUGGUUUUGGUUUUUUGCAGAAUUUUCUGUUAUUCGAUAUUCUGAUUACACUAUCUUAGUUUUUCAAGAUAUUAUUGCAUAUAAUAUUAAUAAUUUACCUUUAAAACGUUUUGAAAACCUUACUUUUACUAUUCGAUAUCAACAAAGUUUAACUCCUUUAGUAUUUGAUUCUUUACCUAUUCAAAUCUAUACUGCUUAUCUUCGAACAAAUCGAUUUACUUUAGAUCUCUUUUUAAUUUUUUAUAACCAUAGUGAAGUAGAAUCUGAAAUUUCUGAAACUUCUGAUUUAUCUGAAUUUGAUUUAGAACAAUUAUAUCAAACUCCUGUACCUUCUCCUCCUAUUACUCCACCUUUAUUACCUCCAAAUAAUAAUAAUAUGGCAUUACAAGCACAAGAUAUUAAUAAUUUAAUUAAUGCUAUUCAAGCACUAGAUAACCAUAUUCAAAAUCAAACAAAUGCUGUUACUAAUAAUACUAAUCGUCUCGGACAAAGAGAAACUAAACUUAUCGAAAUUAUACCUUUUGCUGGUGGUAAUCAAGAUCCAGUUACUUGGAUUGAGGAAUUUGAACGAAUGGCUGUAGCUAACAACUUUACCGAUGCAAGAAGACUACAAAUUAUCUCUGCUUAUCUUAAAAAUAAAGUAGCAAUUUGGUAUACUAAUGCCAAUCAACCACAAGCUUUUGGACACUGGAAUACACAAAAUCAAGUUGAUAACCAAUAUGCUAUGCGUCUACAUGAAUUAUAUCGUCGAUUAGAAACAAAUGCCAAUGUUUAUCUAGAAAUAAAAAAAGUUCGUAAAUUUACUACUGGUUUAAGAACAGAAUUACAAAUAGCAGUACGUCUAUUUGGUGAAAAUACUUGGGAUGGAGUAGUUAACAGAGCAAAAACUUGUGAACUUACUCGUUAUGGUGCUGCAAUAUAUAUUACUCCUAAUCUUAACAACAAUAUUGUUACUCCAACUCCUACAUCAUCUAAUUCUGUUGAAAUUAUAAUAGAAGCUCUCAAUAAAUCGUCAGUGAACACAGAAGGUCCUAAUGCUUCCCAAGACAAUACAAACCCUUCUAUAAUGUAUUUAAAAGAAGAUGAUAAAAAUAUUAAUAAAGCCUAUGUAGGAAAAAAAAGAAAAGUAGUAGAAGAAAACGAAACUCCAGAAAAAAGAAAUCCUCUACAAGGUCCAAGAUUUCAUAAACCAACAAUUGGUAAAAAUGUAUCAAAAUACUCGAUUGUUGAAGACUUACAACAAAUCAAAGCAAAUAUCUCUAUCGCUCAACUUGCUGCUGAAAACCCCAAAUACUUAAAAGAAUUAAGUAGAAGUCUUCGAAAGAAAAAGAUUAAAUCUACUCCAGAACCUAUG